GCAUCUACCAUGCGUGAAUGGACUGCGCCUCGUCGGCGCAUGUGCGCUGCUGAGGGUGUUCGAGGACUCGCAUACAGGAAGCUGCUGCUGCAGUGAGACCUCCCGGCGCAGACUCACGUGGUCGCACUGUCUCCGUUGACGUCAGGGUCCUGAACCCGGAAGCAGAUGAUGGCGUCCGUGGACUGCGGCCAGCGGCGGGCGGGGUACGGGCGGCAUAUGCCAGGAUCAAUUCCUCUCACCACAUGUCUAUCUCCAACAGUGUAUAAAAUGGUGUGUGAACUUGGAUUUGAGGUCCAAGGCAGCGUGGAAAUAUCCGAUAUCUUAGAUGGUGACAAUCAGGUGUGCUGGCACACAAUCUGUGGGAAGGUAUCACACCUGGCAACAGGUCAAGGAUUGGAUUAUGUUGAAAGUGUCAGGCAGCUGGGACCACUGUGUGAUGCAGUUCAUACACAUCUACUGUCAUUGCCUAAUGAGAAGUAUGAAGAAGCAUUUCAAGAUUGUUUUCAGUGGACUAACAAUUGUGAGUUGUUUACUAAAGCACUGGCUGUACUGAAGAGCUUGGAUGGAACACAAAUAUCUUUACACAUGAUGAAGAUGACCUCUUGCUUGGAGUUUUCUUUAGGAGAUGUAUAUUUAACAGUUGGUAAAAACUGUCCUUUCUUACUGAGAGACCUGCUUGCAUCAGAAGAGCUGUCCAAAAUCUUUAGUCAACCCGUGAUGGAUUUAUUUAGGGUCUUCCUUGGAUCACCAGAGAGUCUGAACCUCCGUAACAUUUUGUGGCAUGGAUUUGCUUCACCCCAGGAAAUUCCAACCAAAUAUUGCUCCAUGCUGUUGCUGCUAACAGCAGGCCUUGGUCAAUUGCUGCAGAUGAGAGCUAGCAACACCAGAUCAACUAUAGUCCGUCGAUCUCCUUUUCUUUUCCAUAACUUACAGGAAAUGCACGUUUUUCCAGAUCUUGAUGAGAAAGUUCUGUCCUUGGCUGAAAAGCUAAUUGAAAAAUCCCAAUUUGUGUUACCUCACAUGGUACCCUUCUGGAUUGAAGCAAUUACAGCAUUUAGACAAGGAAGAUAUGCAGACUGUGUUAUAUUAUCACUUUCACAACUGGAAACUAGCCUACGACUGAUCUUUACCACAGUUAAUGAUUGUCCAGAUAGGAUACUUACAGCCGAGUCCACCACUCUGUACACAACCUUUGAUGAGGUUUUGGCAAAGCAGUUAAACAAUGCAUCUGAUAACCAAUUGCCAAGCACACUGGGAGAACCAGCUAUGGAGUUUCUGUGGGAUUUUUUAAACCACCAAGAGGGUCCACGAGUGAGAGACCACCUUAGCCAUGGUGAAAUACAGCUGAAUGAAUUUCCCAAACAAAUUGCCAAUGACUUGUUGGCGUUUUCAGUUGUACUUCUAUACAAGCAGCUUGAAGAAGUGCACUUUCACAAAGAAAUUACAGCACUUUAUUCACUAACUGAUGCAGCUGAAUCUUAUCAGUCAAGAUUUCACCCAAUUGCUCUUCUUCAAAAACAGGUGUUACAGUGCAUUGACAGCCUUCAGGAAUGGCAACUUCUCCCAUUUCCUUCUCUAGAUCAUAAAACAGGGCCUGAAGAACAGGAUGUUCCUGGUAAUUCAUUACACUCUGAAAUGGCACAGAUCCUGUCCUUGCUACAAGUCCACAUAAAGACCUCUUUUAGCAAUGAGGACUUGAAAAGCUGGCUUCAAACAGACAGAUGGUUUGUCUCUAUGAAAGAUCUGUGCAACAAAAGAAUUUCAAACCUAUAUUGUCAUCGAUGGGUCUUGGAAGCAGUCAGCAUUCUGCGGAAAAUCAGCACACAGUUUCUUCUAGUUUCUGAAAAUAUUGUUUCCACCUCACGGUUUAGAUAUGAACAAUGGCUGAACAAGACACUACGUUCACGCCAAAGGCAAAACUAUCUCCGGAUGCUGUGUAGCAUGAAGUCCCUCUCUUCAGUUGGACGUCUAAUAAUAACUCUAGUAGUUUUGCAUUUGCACAAUAUACACAGCAUAUCCAUGAAGACUCAUUUGGAAUAUCAGAAAUACUUGAAGUAUUUGAAAUCCAUUCUUCAGUAUGCAGAAAAUAUGUCAACGUGCACAAAUGCAGAAAAAAACAGAUGGGAUGAAGCCAUUCAGCUGACCUGUAAAAUCACAAUAAAAAUUAGAAUGUUUAUUGAGAAAUGUAACUUGGAAUAAAUGUUAUUCAACAAUG